AUGAGAACCUGGAAUAACACAAAGUAUCCUGAUUUCAUCCUUAUGGGACUGACAGGCUCUGGCGAGGUGCAGCUGGCACUGUCUGUGUUGUUUCUCCUGAUUUACCUGAUUAGUGUGCUAGGCAACCUAGGCAUGAUCAUGAUAAUUCGCCUGGAUCUCCAGCUUCACACCCCUAUGUAUUUUUUCCUCACUCACCUCUCAUUUCUUGACCUCAGCUACUCAAGUGUCAUCACCCCUAAAACCCUAGCGAACUUACUGACUUCCACAAAGAGUAUUUCCUUCCUGAGCUGCUUCACCCAGAUGUACUUUUUUGUCCUGCUUGGUGCUGCAGAAUGCUUUCUCCUCGCCUCCAUGGCCUAUGAUCGCCACGUGGCUAUCUGCAGUCCUUUGCGCUAUCCAGUGAUUAUGUCCAGAAGAUUCUGUCAGGUCCUGAUCACAGGGUCCUACCUGAUUGGUUUCAUGGACUCUUCUGUGAACACUGUGUGUAUGAGUAGAUUAAAGUUUUGUAACUCCAAUAUAAUCUCACAUUUUUUUUGUGACACAACCCCAAUGUUAGCACUGUCCUGCACUGAUACAUAUGAGGUUCAAAUUGUAAUAUUCAUUUUUGCUGGUUUUACCCUAAUGGUCUCCCUUAUCACAAUAUCUGUGUCCUAUGUGUCCAUUCUGUCCACUAUUUUGAAAAUUAAAUCCACCUCAGGGAAGCAGAAAGCCUUCUCCACCUGUGCCUCUCACCUGCUGGGAGUCACCAUUUUCUAUGGCACUAUGAUCUUCACUUAUUUAAAACCCAAGAAGUCUUACUCCCUGGGCAAGGAUCAAGUGGCUUCUGUGUUUUACACAAUUGUGAUCCCCAUGCUCAACCCACUCAUUUAUAGCCUUAGGAACAAGGAAGUGAAGAGUGCUUUCUUUCGAGUCAUGCAAAAGAGAGUAUUCACUGGGCAACUAAAAUAA